AUGAAAACAGGCUACAAAAAUUUCAGUUUAGCUUCAACCAUCGAUCUGUUCAGUUUAAAGUCUACAAAUGAAGAUUAGAAAAAUAAAUUUUCUCUCAAAAAUCUCCACAAUUCAUGGAUUAAGCUACAUUGGCGAUGGAAAGGCUUCAAGAUUCUCAAAAUUAUUCUGGAUUUCUGCUUUUGUUUGCUCAUUUUUAGGCUGUUUUUUCUUCUUUUUGCAAGUUUACGAGAAGGUUUUUGUGGUUCCAGACAUUUCAAUCACGAUUGGCUAUAGAAAACUGAAUGAGUUUCCAUUUCCAGCUAUUACUAUAUGUCCACACAAUAAGUUCCCUCACACAACCAUCAACUACAAAGAAAACUUGUUAAAAAUAAAAAGAGCCGAAAAUGUUUCAAAAUUAAUCGAAGCUCAGAUCGAAGUGGCUCUACAAAGCUGUCAACUUGGAGUCUACGAUCUAGAAGAUGUGGAAUUAAACAUAUCAAGCGAACAUUUGGUUUACAAUCUAUCCCAAUAUCAAUACUUUAUUGAUGAUAUGAUCCCAGUAAGCUGUUUCGACACUUGCAGUGAAAGUUCAAGAACUUUUUACAGCCGAUUUUUGACGUUUCAAGGCUUCUGUGCUAGCUUUAAUCUUAUGAACUUUGAUGAGAUUUUCACUAAAGAAAUGAGCAGAGAUUUUUUUUUCAAUCGUGUCCAAUCAGAACUGUCCUGGGACUUGACUAACGGAUACUCAAACAAUGAGUCAGACUAUCCAUACCGAAUGUCAAAUGGAAAUUACAAAAGCUUCGAUGCAAUUCUUCUGCAAGACAAUGGAAAUGUCGACAAAGACUGUUCAGGCUUUAGACGUGGAUAUGAAGUCUAUUGGCACUUACCAAAUGAAGUUCUGACUCACUGGCACUCAUCCAUCAACAUCAACAACAUCAAUAAAGACAAUCAAAUUUAUUUGAGGACAAAAAGCUUCAAAAUGUCACCGGAACUCCAAAAAUACAACGUUAAGUACCGGCAGUGCUACUUUGAUGGUGAAAAAAAGCUAAAAUUUUUCAAAAUCUACACCGAAAAGAAUUGCAAAUUUGAAUGUUUGGCGAACUUUACCUUAAAUAAGCACGGCUGUGUCAGGUACUUCAUGCCUAGAGACAAGUCAACUCCACUUUGUACAUCAAAGGAUCUUCAAGCUGUUUCAUUCACAGAAAUUGAUUUUGAGGAUAAUGCUGAUGGGCAUCAAUGUGACUGCUACCCGCCAUGCAAUAAUAUCCAGUAUGAGCUAUUCAGUUGGGCUGAGAUUAACUUACUGCCUGAUAUGAACUUUGGAGAACAUUUUGAUUUUAGACGAAUUAGGAAUAUUGACUUUGAGGAUGAAUUGAAGGAUUUUGAUAGGUAAGUGAUUAAUUUAAAGGGUACGGAAGGGUUGGUUGGGGUUCUAAGUUCCUAAAUUUGAAUUGUCAAUCAUCCACAGAACCAGAACAACCUCAUUCUCUAUAAAAGCAGUCAAAGAGAAAGUCGAAGAGCGCACAAGCUUCUCAGCAUAUCAAAUGCAGCAAUUUAUCUCAGAUUUUGGCGGUUUAUUGAGUCUGGCAAUGGGAUGUUCAAUUCUGUCGAUUGUUGAGCUCAUUUACAAUGCUUUUAAUAUCAAAAAUGAACCUGAAGAUGAGACUGAAGAGAAAGUUGAAGAAAAAGGAUAUUUAAGUGAAACGCAGCUGUGAAUUUUACAUUUUACCUAAAAACACUUAAUUAAAAUUAUUGCUUGACAAAUUUCAAAAUUUAUUUCAUUUCAUUUAAUUUCAGUCAAUCCUCAAUUUUUAAUAUUUUCAAAUCGAUCACAAAACUUUGAGUACAUAAAUGAAACAUUUGUCAAGUGUUCAGCCACAAAAGUCGUGACGACGAGGUGCUAGAGUGGUUAAUAGGUUGGACUGCUAACUUGCUCAGUUAUCGACAGCAAUCCAAUGGGCUCUGCCCGCGUGAGUUCGAAUCUCAUCCUCGUCGGGACUUUAAUGUUGACUUUCUUUUUUGGUUGUUGCUGUUUUUUGGGACUUUCCUGGAAAGUAAUCAACUUUAAUUGACAUUCGUU